UAACUAAAUACUUCAUAACAUUAAGAUCAAUUGUAGAAUGGAUUGUCAUAUUCCCGACGGCAAGGCUUUUUCUCUUAGAAUUGUUUUUCUUACUUAACUGGGAUUGGCUGGUGCAGUAAAGUUUUAGAAACCUUGUUAAAAACAGAGCAUUUAAACGACCGGCUUCAGCAGGAAAUUGCAUUUUCGCAGAAGACAGAGCAGGAGGCGACCUGCAAUUUAGUUGCCUCGAGAAAUAUUUGUUAUACAUUUUUGUUUAGAUCCAUUUAUCAUGGCAGGUAGUUUUGCUUCAUCUAUUGUUCAAGUUUGUCAAACAUAGAAUGUAUUGUAAGGCUGUUUUUUUACAUAAAUUUACAUAGGGUUCAAGGAAAUUUCUCCUACAUGGGUCAGUUCCGCCGUUGAUUGGUCUUGAUUCGCCUAAGUAAACAUUUUCAUUUGCUUUAAAUGUACGUAGGAAAUGUUUCUUAAUGUCGAGUUCAGAUCAAGAUGGCAAGAGAAAAUGAAAUAUGUCCUCUCGAAUAUGUAGAACAAUUUAACAGUCUCGUUAUUCAAGACAAACCAAGUUAAUAUCUUUGUAACAACAGUCAUUCCCGGGAAGGUGAUACUCCUUGUAAUCUUGGGUAUGGAUAUGCUUCCUGAUUCUCCAAAUCCUGACCUUAUUUCAGACCCAAAUGUUUUAUUAUCCACAGCCGUUUCUAGUUGUGGUCGCUUGGCAAAUCCAAUGCGCUUUGUUGUAGCAUAUUUUAACUUCUCAUCAGAACCAAAGUCAAAUAUUGUUGAAAUUCUCCAAAAAAAUUUUGUUCGAAUGAUACAGUUUCGUUAUUUCCCUUUCUCUGUUACUCGCUUUGAGCUGAAAACAUUAACACGUCUAUGCACCCUCGUGGUUCCCUAGAACCGAAACCAUAACUUAUUUUGGAUCACUGUGGUCAAAAUCUGUUCUGAUCUCGGGCCAAAAUGAGUUUUAUUUUCAGUACAUUUUGCCUCUGUAGACUUUUUUUUAUGAGCUUACGUUCGCGUGAAGUUAAUCCAGAAGUCUGAUGUAUUCAACAACGAUUUAAUGCUUGCGUGUUGGCCGAGAGAAGUCAGAUACCAAUGCAAGGCACAUCCUUGGCUACUUACCAUUAAAUAUCCGUUGCCCCUUGGACUAAUUGUUUAAUAUACAGGCAAAAUCGAAAGAUCUUGUGGUUAGUGUCUCAUAUAAAAGUUGUGGUGGUGGUGCUCUCCAGUUACUCAACCCUUUCCGACAUGGCAUCAUAUAUGAGUUGAGUUCGCCGAGGGUUUUUCUCCGGGUCCUUCGGUUUUCCUCCCUCCGCAAAAACUUAGAUUUUCAAAUUUCAUGCCAACGUGGAAACGGCGGACAAGAAGAGCCAUCUCGUGGAUUGUCCAUUGCUAAAUUCCCAUUUUUUACCAUUUACUCAAAUUCUUUAGUGAUUUCCCUCAGUUCUUUCUAAGCGCUUCUUGUCUAAUGUUUCUGGUGUCUUCAUGAACAGAUCAUGGCUGAGCCUAGUGCCACUGUGAUAGAGGAUGUCAACAAGGCCAUGAUCAGGGCCAACUCAGGAGAAGACAAGAAUGAAACAGCUUUGUUAAUGAUGUCUCCUAGCAUGAACUGGGCAGAAUUCCUUACACCAGCACCCAUGUCCAUCGCACUUCUGGGGCAACUGAUGCUGAUAGCUGGAGAAAAGGAUUUCUCACUGGAAAGUCAAAAGCCGAAGGACGGUUUCCAGUUCAUCCAGCAUCCAAGAUCAUUUAGAGCAUGUCUGGUGCAAGUGAGCAACGCUGGAUGGCGAGCUUUCAAUGAGGCCCAUAAGAAUAUGGAUACCAUCCGGCUCUAUUCUGCAAAAGUACCUGAGCAAGUGAAGAAAGUUGUUCGCACUCUUGUCUCUGGAAGCAAGGAGGAUGUGAAAGACAUCCUUCCCAUCGAACUAAGGAAAAUUGAGGAGAAUGCUUCAGAAUCCUUGGAAUUAGCAAAAGCAGUUGAGAGCAAGUUCGAGAAUGUGAUGCAUCUGACUGGUGAGCUACUGGAGGUUUCUUCAGCUGCCAAGGGACAUUUUCAAAACACCCAAGUAGAACUGCAAACGAAAAGAGAAAUUGCCUUAACCAAAGAAAAAUCGGUCCGAGAAGAAAUAGAAAGGGCAAAAGAAGAACAAGAUAAGCUAACCAAACAAGUCAAAGAGGCAAAAGCACAGUGGGAAAAGGCUGUAGAUUCCAUGCCGAGUGGAUGGGACCUUGUUGGUAUGCAAUUUGUCGAGGGAAUCACAAAAGCUUUUACAAGUGCUGCUGAGACAGUGAUUUCUGCAGUAGCUACGAGAGGGAUGAACUCGUCGUCUGCCCCAUCACAUGCAGCCCCAAAUCUGAGGGUGGAUCCUAGUGAAAAACAGAGCGCAAAAAGAGUUUCGAAAUUACCAACGCAAGCAUUAGUCAAAGCAGAACUGAUGAAAGUUUUUUCAGCCAAGUUGGUGGAAGUUCUUGCGACAUUUCAAGACAAAAGUAAUGGAGGCGAGCCAGCCAAAGACAUUAAAAAGACAAGACUUGAAAUGGAAAGCUUGCAAAAAGAUUGGUCCACCGAGCAAGAAAGUAAAGACGACCAGGAAGGCUUAAAACUGCUGUCAAGGGGUUUGGAGAUAUGCAUGGAAGCGGAAAAAGAGUUGGAAGACCUCAAUUUGUCUAAUGAUAAGAUGAAGAAAAUUGCUAAAAGAGCAUCGAAACUAAAAGAUGACAUCUUCAAGUUCUGCACUAAAGUUCAGACAAAAGUGCAGACCAAUCCUCUCUACACCAAGCCACCAAGACAAGCAAGAAACAUGGCUGACCCUGCAAAGUCUGCAUCAUCAAGUGCUGCUAACAUGGCAGUUGAAAGUGCACGGUUUAAAAUUGCUGAAACGAGAGGCUUGCUAGAAAAACAAGAGAUGCUAUAUGACGAAGGAAACAAGCAGCUGAAGGAGAGCAACAAGGAGCUAAGUAAAGUUCUUCAAAGCCUUGUGGAAUUCAGCCCAGAGAAGAUUGCUAACUUUGACCAGAUAAGAGAGACAUUGAAAAAAGGCAUCAAGGCUCUUGCUUCAGUACGCGAAAGGUGGCAGAAACUGGUGGAGUUCUUCCAGUGUAUUACCAACAUCAUCAAGGUGUGUCAAAAGGAGAGCCUAACAAGUUUUGUUGAAUAUUCCAAAGUCGCCCAAGAAAGAAGGCUGACUAAGGGCUACACUGACACGGAUUUCAUGCGUGACCUCAUCUACGAACAAGUCAGUCAAGCUAAUAAGACCUCUUAUGUUGUUUGGUCCAUUUCAAACACCUAUGUAGAGGUGUCACGUAAUCACUUGAUGAGCCGAUUGGCCAGCCUUGGUCAUUUGAUCGCCUUGGACCCAGAAAAAGACAGGGCAACCAUUGAGGAAAAGAGGAUAGAGCUCCUGGAAGGAAGUCAAGAGGCUGAAAGAGCGAUUAUGCAGUUGGUAUCAGAGGCCCAGAAUACUUUCCAUGAGAAGGUAGGAGAAAGGAUCAAGCAGUUUGAAGAGGAGAUGGAGAAAGUUCUCCCACCAGAAGAUCCAGCCAGAAUAAAAGAAAUAAACGACUCUGUUGCAAAAGCCGUCAAAGAGGCAGAUGAGGAACUAAGCGCGGAUUGCUUUUAAGAUUGACAGACCUGUGCAGAAAACUGUGUGCAAUAAUUCAAGUAUUAAUUGCAGCUGAAAUCCUGGUACAUCAUAGUAUAAAUAAAGUUAUUAAUUUUUCUAAUUCUAAUUAUUGAUGACUGCUUACAGAAAUUUUCACUUUGGUGUUGUCUAAUAUUACACAAAAAGGCUACCCAGGCUGAUGAAAAGUGCAAUCAAAAUUUCCAUGUAACCUGAGUAACUGAAAACAACAAGAUAUUAAACAUAACUACUAUUCUUGAAGAUUAAUUUUUACCUUUAACAGCAUUUUUUCUCCGUUGGUGGUAUGAUUUGCUUUCAAUUGAAAAAAAAACCAGAUUUAUCACAGCAAAACCAAAGCUGUGGGGGAGAAAUCUAAAAACUUUAUAGAAAAUUGCUAAAUGGUACUAGUGUUCAAUUUGGUCAUUGUUUGUGCACUUCCAAGUUCUGAACCUAAAAGAAAUGAUAGGUAUGGAUUGAUUGUUUAAGGCAACUUUGUGCCAGACUCUGAUCCAGAAAUACAUCAAAAUGUAAACAUAUGAGUUGACAAUUACAGGGCCCAUUUUUAUACAGUUUAGGCUUUACUUUAUCUUCACAAGCCUAGCAGCUGUUACAUGUAGUUAUAAGCUUUGAAGUUAUUGUCUGAUAUUGUGGUGCAAAGAGAGUGAUACUCCCCUGAUUUU